AUGACAGUCCCUGGUCCAGACGCCGCGCCGGUCGCCACGCUCGACCAGGUUUCCGUGCGGUAUGGCCGGCACGAAGUGCUGCGCAACGUGGAGGUGGCCUUUCUGCCCGGUGCGGUAGGGCUGCUGGGGCCGAACGGGGCGGGGAAGAGCAGUCUCCUGAAGGCGCUGCUGGGGUUCGUCCCGCCCUCGACCGGCCGCAUGCACGUGCUCGGUCUCGACGUGGCGACGAGUGCGUUGCAGAUCCGCGCCCGGUUGGGGUACAUGCCCGAAUCCGACGGACACAUUCCGGGCAUGAACGCCGUGUCGUUCGUGGCCUACUGCGGGCAGCUCGCGGGGCUGUCCCGCGGCGACGCGAUGCAGCGCGCCCACGAAGUGCUCCAGUACGUGGGGCUUGGCGAGGCGCGCUAUCGCAACACCGAGACCUAUUCGACCGGCAUGAAGCAGCGCAUCAAGCUCGCGCAGGCGCUUGUCCAUGACCCGGAUCUGCUGUUCCUCGACGAGCCGACGAACGGUAUGGACCCGAAGGGCCCGGGAGGAGAUGCUCGAGCUGCGACCUGCGCGCGCGUGGUCGUGAUGCAUCACGGCGCGAUCGCGACACAGGGCUCGAUCGCCGAUCUGAAGGAGCGCCGCCGGCAGGUCUACGACGUGCGCAUCAAGGGUGACGCCGAUACGUUCAGCCGCGCGCUCGCGGAGAUUGGCGCCGAGUGUCACGGCACCGCCGGAGACAUGCUGCGGGUCUUUGUGAGCGACGGCAUGGGGCCGCGCGACCUGUUCGGAGUCGCGGCCCGUCACCGGCUCCAGGUGCGGCAUCUGCGUCCCAGCGUGCCGACCCUCGAAGACGUCUUCUCCGAGGCGAUCGGAGACAGCUACCGGCGUUUCGCCGGAACCCGCGAGGCGCCGGGCGCCGCCUGGCUCGUCAUCGCCAGGACCGGCAUCCGCGCCGCGCUGAGCCGCAAGCUGUUCCUGCUGGUGCUGCUCGCGGCCUGGGGGCAGUUCUUUGUCCGCGCGGUCAUGUUCUACCUGUCGGCCAACUUUCCCACGCUGGACAUCCUGUCGCCGUCGGCCGCCACGUUCCGGCAGUUCUUCGAGAUGCAGGAGACCUUCGUGCUGUUUGUCACGGUCUAUGUGGGGUCAGGCCUCAUCGCCAACGAUCGCCGAUCGAACGCCCUGCAGAUCUACUUGUCGAAGCCGCUGACCCGCAAGGAGUAUGUGGCGGGCAAGCUGGGGAUCCUGCUGUUCUUCCUGCUGCUGGUGACACUGGUUCCGGCGCUGGCCCUGCUCCUGCUGGAGGUGAUGUUCUCGGCCAGCCUGGCGUUCCUCGGUGCGAACCUGUUUCUGAUACCGGCCAUCACGCUCUAUGCGCUGAUCGAGGUGCUGCUGUCGUCCUUCGUGAUGCUCGCCCUGUCGUCGCUGUCGACCAGCGCGCGUUACACCGCGAUGCUGUACGCCGGCGCGGUGCUCUUCACGGCGGUGCUGUUCGAGGUGCUGCGCGGCAUCUCCAACAGCUCGGUGCUCGCGUGGCUCUCGUUCCGGGCCAACCUGGAUCAGCUUGCGGACGUCAUCUUCCGGUUGCCGCCGAGAUACGAGUCGCCCUGGCUGCUCUCCGGGUUGGCCGUCGUCGUCCUGCUGGGGGUGUCGGUGUUCGUGCUCGAACGCGGGUGCGCGGGGUGGAGGCGGGGUGGUGGUGACGUGAGCGCCGCAGUCGUGGCGGCCGAUCACCUGUCGAAAUGGUACGGUCAGGUCAUCGGCCUCAACGACGUGUCGGUCGAGGCCCGGCCGGGCGUGACCGGGCUGCUCGGACCGAACGGCGCCGGCAAGUCCACCUUCCUGAAGCUGAUCACCGGACAGUUGAAGCCCAGCAAGGGCGCCGUCCGCGUGCUCGGCGAGUCGGUCUGGAAGAACCCGAAUCUGUUCUUUUGCGUCGGUUUCUGUCCCGAGCAGGAUUCGUUCUACGAACGGAUGACCGGCCUCCAGUGGGUGACGGCGCUGGUCCGCCUGCACGGCGUGUCGGAGACCGAGGCGACGGAGGCGGCCCGCGCGGCGCUGGAGACCGUCGACCUGCUGGAGGCAGCCGACAAGAAAAUCGGCGCCUACAGCAAGGGGAUGCGCCAGCGAGUGAAACUGGCGCAGGCGGUCGUGCACGAUCCGGAGCUGCUCGUGCUCGACGAGCCGCUGGCCGGCAUGGAUCCAAUCGCCCGCCGCAAGGUGAUUCGGUUGAUCAAGGACUGGGCGACGGCCGGCAAGAGCGUGCUGGUGUCGAGCCAUAUCCUGCACGAGAUCGAGGCGAUGACGUCGACCAUUCUGCUCAUCAACAACGGCCGUAUCCUGGCCGAGGGCAACAUCCACACCAUUCGCGAUCUCAUCGACGAGCAUCCGCACAAGAUCAGGAUUCGCGCCAGCAAUCCCCGUGGGUUGGCGCAAGGGAUACUGGACCACGACGGGCUGCGGAGCCUGCACUUCGAAGACGGGGUGGUGCUGGUGGAAACGGACAGACCGGACACGUUCUACGGCCGCCUGACCGCGGUGGCCGCGAGCGGCGAACUGGGCGAGGUGCUCGAGGUCAGCUCGCCGGACGACAAUUUGCAGGCCGUGUUCGAUUAUCUCGUGAAGUAG